AUGCCCAGGGAGGCUGCAGAAGACAGCAUGGGAAGGGCUGAGGGUGCCGUGCUGGCAGAGCCUGGGGACCCCGACAGCAGUGAGUCCGGAGCCAUCAGCUUGCGCCCCGUGGAGUCCAUCAGCGACCUGUACUGGGCCUCAGGCGGGCACAAGGGUGCAGAGGGCAAUGGCCCGGCUUCCUCCAGCAGCCUGCACCGGCCCCCACCUCAGCCCAUGUCCCCCGUGCCCCCGCCGCUCCUGCCCACCCUGCGCCCCGUGCCCCCUGCCAGCCCCUGCCCCUGCCUUGGCCCUGGCCAUCCCCUGCUGCUGGCCCUGCUGGCGCUCCUGGCACUGUCGAGCCUGGUCCUGGCCACGCUGGCCAUCUACCUGAGUGUCCUACAGAGCCAGUCGGUGCGGGCGCUGGCCCAGUGGCUGGAGAGCCAGGAGGACGCCGUGCACCAGCUACGGGCAGCCAGCAGGCAGCUCUGGGCUCGCCUCAACACCAGUGCCCAGCCUGGCGGGCACCGCUGA